GAAUCCUGAUCUCUCGCCGCCAUUUCCCUCGCAUCCCAGCCUAACUUCCAAGUUCCAACCAGCAUCUCCGGACCAGUCCGUGUCUUUCGCGAUACCCCCUCCUACGAAGUACAUUUUAUUUUCAACGGGCGAUGCGACGCUGAAUAGCAGCGGAAAUGGCGCCGUCAAAUUCGCUUCACUCGCCGUCACCCGCGGCGCUAUCGUUUCUAAACUCUCACUUUCAGCGGCUCGACGACCUCUCGCUCGCGCCGAACCUCCUGAGCAAUCUCUCAUCGGAGAUUAAAGACCUAAUUUCUCGCAAAGAGGAUCUCUGCUCGUCUCUCGCCUCGUCAUUGCAGCCUGCAGAAGGCGACAACGCCCGAACCAACAGCUCCAGGCUUGGAUCCGAGCCUGAGGCUGGUCGGGAUGUUUCAGAAACCAUUUCAUCCGUGGCUAAUCGCGCGCUCCAAUCCAUUGCAUCCACGUCAGAACGAAUCGAAGAAUGCCACUUGCGCGCCUCCGUGGUGGCUGCUGACGUGCAGCCGAUGGUGGAUCGGCUUGCCAGGCUGGCAGCUGAGGUGGCGAGAUGCGAGAGGGUGAGGGGAUACGUGGAAGUGGUUCUAGGGUUUGAGCGGCAGGUGGGGGAGGCGGAGGAGAAGGUAGGAUUAGGUGUGGGAUUAUGGAGGAAAGAAAUGGGCUCUGCUGCUGCUUCCGCUGCCUCUGCUGCUGCUUCCGCUGCCUCUGCUGCGGCUCUUUCUGCUCCUCCUGCUGCUGCUGCUGCUGCUGCUGCUGCUGCUGCUGCUGCUGCUGCUGCUGCUGCUGCUGCUGCUGCAUCUGCUGCUGCCCCUGGUACUUCCGCUGGUGCAAGUGCUGCUGGCCUCAGUUCCGGGAAGCAACCGUCUCGAAACCCUAAGCUCCUCUCCUCCCUCCGUACCGCCUCUCACGCCAUUCUCACCGCUUCCAACCGCUCCUCCUCCACCUCGAUCCACCACCCCUCCUGGUCCCGCCUGCUGACAGCUGUCGACCAGCGAUUGGACUCGGCAACUGCCGCCCUGGUGGGCCCUCUGUUGGAGUGCUACAGGGGAUGCCUUGCUGCUGCCGGCUGGCCGCCUCCCCUCAGGAAAGGAGGGGGAGGAGGAGGGGGAGGUGGGGGAGGAGCAGGAGGAGGAGGGGAAGUAGGAGGAGCCAACGCUCCUGCGGCUGCUGCUGGAUGUUCGGCACUGGACCGGCUUGCCGGACCUGAAGGCGAGCUUCGGGUGGAAUUCACGAGCCUGUUCAUGGCUCUGUGCUCUCUCCAGCAUGCUCAGAAGGUGAGACGAGCGGCAGAGCAGGUGCGGCUUCAAAGAGAGAGAGGGUUUGCUUAUAUGGAGGAUGGAGAGGAGGAGGAAGAGAGUGGAACGGAGGAGGAGGCAGAAGAAGCGGAUAGUGCUUAUAUGGAGGAUGGUAAUAUGAGCUUUGUUUUGGGUUCGGGCUUGCCUGCUGGCGACCUAGGGACUAUCCAGAACCUAGGGAAUAUCCAGGUUGAAGAGGCACUAUUAUGGGGGAUGGAGGAGUUGGUCCAGCCAAUAGCAUCGCAAGCCCGCCCCCCCUUCGACCAAUGGGGGGCGAGUGGGCGGCCGGAGUGGGCGUUUGCGCUGACCCUCCGGGUGGCGUUGACUGGCGUUGACUCGUUUGACCUGGCGCUACAGCCACUGGUAGACGAGGAGGGGCUCAGGGGGGUGAGUGUGAGGGAGGGGUGGGUUCGGGCCGUGGUUCAGAUGCUGCCGAUCCACUUCCUGCGGAGGUCCGUUGUGCCGAACCUGGCUGGGAAGCUCCUAGGAAGCGCAGGGGUAGAGGAAGGAGGGGGAGGUGGGGGAAGGGGGGCAGGGGGAGGGAGGGGAGGGGUAUGGGGAGGAAGGGGAGGAGGGGGAGGAGGGGGAGGAGGGAGGAAUGCAGGGAGCGGGGUGGGGAGAGAUGGUGGGGAUUGGGAGGGGGAUGAGGCAUGGGAGGAGGAGGUUGGCGGGAAUGAGGGGAAAGCAGCAGCAGCGAGGGAGUGGCUUCGGGUGGUGAGUGAAUGCAUCGCCUUUGAUUCGGCCAUGUCUCGCCUUCUGGUCUUUGGCUCAGCUACUGCUUCUGCUGCUGGUGCUUUUGCUGGUGCUGGUGCUGGUUCUGGCGUCUUUGCUGCUGGUGUUGCUGAUGCUGCUGGUGCUGCUGCUGGUGCUGGUGAGAAUUCUAGUGGUGAUGCUGCAAUCGUAUCAGAUCUCCCGCCGUCCGCGUCGGAUUUCUGGGCGGCACUGCAAGUGGAGCCGACAGUGGGGGUGUUUGCGGAGCGACCUGAUUGGCUGCUGCUCUGGAUCCAAUUGGAGCGCGCCAGCUCACGCAGGAAGGUCCUAGCUGUCAUGGGUAGUGACACUUCCUGGAAGGUUCCACGGGAUGGGGAGGAUGAGGCAAGCAUGGGUCUUCAGGAACUAUCUUCUUUUGGCUUGCUGAAAGCUACAGGUGCAAAGUCUAGAGCUACAGGUGCUGAUUUUUCUGCUACAGCUGCAGCAGCAGGGGUGGUUGAGUUUCGACCGCCGCCCGUUGCUCUUCAGCUGGUUGAGAUUCUCCGGGCGGCUGUCUCCCGAUGCGGGCGGCUCUCCGGCACUGUAGCAAGCAGCGGUUACAGUAACGAGGGGAGCAGAAUGAUUACCAGCGCCAGGGCCAUAGGCCGCGGGCGGCAGCGCUUGUCCUUUGUCGAGGGACUGUGCCGCCCGAUUCUCUCUGUGUUUCUGAAAGAGACGGAGCAGCGAGCAGACGAGAUAGAGGCAGCAGGAGCACUGGCUAGGGAUGGGGAUCUGGAGGAAAUGGCGGGGUGCGCCAAUGCUGCUAGGUUUGUGGCGCAUGCGCUGGGGACGUGGCAGGAUGAGGGGUUUUUGGUAGAGGCGUGGGAGGAGGGGCGGAGGGAGAGGAGGGCGAGGAGGAAGGGGAGAGAGUGGGGGGGAGAAGGAGAGGAGGGGAGAGAACGAGUUGCGGAUGAGCAACAGCAGAGGAAGGAGAAUCAGCAGCAGCAGCAGCAGCAGCAGGAGGAGAAGCGGGCUGAAGCGGCAGGAAGGGGAGAGGAGGCAGGUGAAGAGGAAGAGGAGUCAGGGGGAGAUGGAUGGAUGGAGGAAGAGGAGUCAGGGGGAGAUGGAUGGGAGCUGAUGGAUGCUGAGGAGGUCGAGAGAUACGGGGUCCAACACGGCUCUGACCCACAACAGCAGCAGCAGCAGCAGGGGGAACAGCAGCAGCAGGAGCUGCUUCCCCGUAGUCAGGAUCUACUAGACCAGUUCGAGGGCCCCGGUCCGGACCUCUUCUCCACCGAACUCCACCGCCUCGCAUCCCUGCACUCCGCCGUCGUCGCCAGGCUGGCGACAGCUGUCGCGCGCGGAUUCGUCUCCCGUGCGGCCGAGUACCCGCGGGCCAUAGUGCGCGUCCAGGCCCCCCCUCCUCCCCUUCCUCUUCCUCCUGCUCCGACAGGUGUUCCACACACAGAUUCUUUCUCCCUGUCCUCCUCCCUCUCCCUGUCCCCCGCCCUGGUCGAUGCCCUCACCUGGCUGCGUCUGCGCUUGCUGUCCGCCCGGCACUCGCUCGACGCGGCCCUCUUCUCCUCCUUCUGGCGCGCGCUUGCUGCUUUCCUGGACCGGUACCUUGUGGAUAAGGUCGUUCUGGGACGAGAUGUGACUAUAGGCGUGGGGGUUACAGAGGUGGCAGGAGGGGGGGGAGGGGGGACCUUAGGAGGGGUAGGAAGAGGGGCAGGAGGAGCAGGUGGAGGGGUGAGUGGAGGGGCAAAUGGUGGGACAGAUGGAGCAGGCUUUCAAACCCCCUCGAACCCGAAGAAGAGUGCUCGUGCCGGGCAGCAGUUUUCUUAUGAUAUGCAGGUGGUGAUGUCUUUGUUUGAAAUUGCCACCCCCCGCCCGCUCAACUUCUUCAAAAGGACGAGAGACGCCGCCCGGCUGAUGGCUAUGAGUGACAGGGAUGCCAAUGGGUUACUGUUCAUGCUGUCUCUAGUCAGCGGGUCUGGGGCAACAGACUCAUCACCAUCAUCCUCGUUUUUAGCUUCUUCAUCAACAAAAGCGAUGGCAUUCGCCAGUGCAGCCAUGGGCGCUGCUGGGGCAGCAGUUGGUGCUGGUGGCAGGGCCGUCGGCAUUGGCAGGGAUUCAGGGAUUGAUAGCAAUAAUGACAGAGAACAGGAGCAGCAGCAGCAGGAGCAGCAGCAGCAGGAGAAGGUGGAGGAGGAUGAGAGGCAGCAGAGGGCAGCUGCAGCAUUGAGGAGGAGAGGGAUUUUGCAUCUGCAGGCAAGGGAAGUGCAAGCUGUGCUUGAAAGGCGUGCUCUGCCAAGGAGAUAGUGUGAGAGACACAGAACCGGAGCAGCGCAAAGGAGGAGACGCAUUCUGCAUUUGCAGGCAAGGGAAGUGCAAGCUGUUCUUGAGAGGCGUGCUCUGCCAAAGAGAUAGCUGGUGGUGGAAAUGGUAGGCACUUGAGAGCUUUGUUAUGGGUAGCUGUGUUACCUUCGUUGGAUUAGCAGAUCUACUCAAGGUUUUGCGAUGCCAUCCACCACGGCUUUUGAUUGGUAGGCUGCUGCAUGCAGUACCCGCACCAUUGUGGGGUGGAUCUCCAUUUUCCGCCCAUAAGGUCAUUCGAUGGUUUUCCUCAGGUGUAACGACCAGUGGGCAGGGUACAAGAAGGCGCAAAAUAGCAUUUCCAAGGAUAUUAC